AUGCGACGACUAUCGACAGUAUUUUGGACCGCAAGCCUUGGAAUAUUUAUUUUAAUACUUUAUUUGGAAUGUGGUAUAAGUUUAGAAUUGCCGAAAAUUAAACACACAUUAGAAGAUAAAGAUAAGUCCAAAUGGUCGGCAAUUGAAUCGAAGCUACAUCCUAUUGAGAGUGAACUGAAUAAACAUUAUGAGAAGUUCAGUGAUAUUAAAUUUGCAUUUCACCAAAAAAAAUAUCUAUUACGGAAGAGAUCUACAAAUUUUUCAAAUAAAGUACAGAAAUUAUCUAAGAUUCCAUUUAAUCUUUCAUCUUGUCCUAUUCAAAUGCAAAUUGUUCCAAAGACAGACAUACAGAUGUUAUCAUUGUAUAAUAGAAUCGCGUUUGAUAACAACAGCGUUAAAGACUGGAAAACUGAGUACAAAGAAAACCAAUGGAAUAAGACGAAUAAACUAAAAGUUUUCAUAGUUCCAUUUUCACACAACGAUCCAGGUUGGAUUUACACUUUCGAAAGAUACUACGACACACGAACACAUAUGAUAUUUAGCAACAUAGUUGACUUAUUGCCCGAGGGCAAGGCUAGGAAGUUUCUGUGGUCUGAAAUUAGCUUCCUCGCAAUGUGGUGGGACACAGAUGCAAAUAAUGACGAAAAGAUGUUAUUUCAAAAUCUUUUAAAAGAAAAAAGAAUAGAAAUAGUGACUGGUGGCUGGGUCAUGAACGAUGAGGCCAAUACACACUGGCUUUCAACCGUCCAGCAGCUCACUGCAGGUCAUCAAUGGUGCAUAGAAAAGUUAGGAAUUGCACCCAAAAACUCAUGGUCCAUUGAUCCCUUCGGCUACUCCAGCACUCAGCCUUAUUUAUUGAAGCUGGCUGGGUUUGAUAACUCCGUCAUUCAGCGAGUGCAUUACAGAGUGAAGAAAGAAUUUGCUUCUAAUAAGCAGUUAGAGUUCAGAUGGCGGCAAUUGUGGGACGGUGUAGGCGAAACGGAUAUGUUCACACAUUUAUUUCCUUUUGUCUCCUAUAAUGUAAUGUAUUCUUGCGGCCCUGAUCCCAAAAUAUGCUGUCAAUUUGAUUUCGGUAGCCACUCAGUUUCAUGUUUACCUCAGAAAAUAACUGAAAAUAACGUUCGAGAAAGAGCAUCGCUCAUUCUAGACCAAUGGCGUAAAAAGGCUCAACUUUACCGAAGCAACAUCGUUCUAUUUCCUUUAGGUGACGACUUUAGAUAUGGGGAUUAUCUAGAAUGGGAUAAGCAGUUUCAAAACUAUGAUAUGCUUAUUGAAUACAUAAAUAAUAAAGAAGAGUUGAACGCUGAGGUACAGUUUGGCAAUCUGGAUGAUUACUUCAAGGCGCUUCAUUCCGAAAUGAACUUGUCAGACUUCCCAGUACUGUCCGGCGAUUUCUUCACAUAUGCGGAUGAACCAUUACAAUACUGGAGCGGAUACUUCACGUCCAGGCCCUUCUAUAAAAAUAUGGAUCGGGUUUUACUAGCGCAUGUCAGGGCGGCAGAAACAAUAAGUUCUCAAGUGAUGUCUUCGUAUUGUUUGUCCAACAUGAUGUCGCUCCAAUUGAGGGACCGUGUGGAAAAGGCCAGGCGAUCAUUGGCAUUAUUUCAACACCACGACGCAAUAAGUGGCACAUCUAGAGCUAAAGUCGUCAAAGAUUAUGCUAAGAAAAUGCGAAGCGCAAUAGAAAACUGUGAGUCCGUCAUACAGCAAGCGGCUUACUAUCUUCUCGCAAAGCCUUCGAACAUAGAAGAAACUCAUAAUAUUUACUUCGAUGACGUUUGGAGGCGAUAUAACGAGAUUCCUUCCAGGAUCACAAUAACUUUCGACUACUUGUCACCGUCGAGAAAAAUAGUGUUGUAUAACUCUUUGCCGUUUACUAGACGUGAAGUAUUGACCGUGUUCAUCUCUUCACCGCAUGUUGAGGUAUUCGAUCCUGCAGGUAAGCCGGUGAUGACACAAAUAUCUCCAGCGGUUGUGGGCAAUCAAAGGCUUACGUUCGCAGACUAUAAGUAUCAGCUUUCAUUUCCUGUAGUUGUUAACACUUUGGCGUUAACAACGUACACAGUGGCAUUGCGCAGCAGCAAUAGCAUAAAUAAGUACGUUUCUUAUUCUCGCGUAAGAGUGUACAACCAUAAUACAGUCAAGCUACCAAAAUUGUUCCGGGUGAAGCAAUCAUCAGCAAAACUAAUGGAGGAUAUCAAUAUACAAAUUAGGAACAGCACACAGGUAGUCGCCUCUGUGAAUGGACUGAUUAAGACUAUCGUUUCUCCGGAUGGUACAGUCGUCCCCGUAAAUAUGGAUUUUGUAAUCUACGACAGCCAGCGUGGUGACGGCAAAAACAGUGGCGCCUACCUGUUCAUGCCUUCAGGUCCCGCACAACCGUUCGACCCAGAACCCUUCCCUCAAAUCUUUGUUAUCGAAGGAAUUUAUGAGUCAACAAUUUAUACCGCAUUAGCAUCGCCCGAGUUAGCUGAAGUCACAGUUGCGAUCAGCCUUAUCAACAAUCCGUCUCUUCAACAAAGCGAGGUGAAGGUCGUGAACACUUUAUUCAUAGAUCCUGAAGUUCAAAACUUGGAAUUCGCCAUGAGGUUUUCCACUAACAUCAAUAAUAAGAACGUCUUUUAUACUGACGUUAAUGGAAUGCAGAUGACGAAACGUCGUUACUUCGACAAGCUGCCGCUCCAAGCGAACUACUACCCGCUGCCGGCGGCCGCGUACAUCGAGGACGACUACCUUAGAUUUACGCUACUUACAUCUACACCACUCGGGGUAGCAGCCCUGCAACCUGGACAGAUCGAGGUGAUGCAAGAUAGAAGGACAAGCAUCGAUGAUUCAAGAGGUUUAGGGCAAGCGGUACGGGACAACGUAAGAACGCGGCAUACCUUCAAACUCAUAAUUGAGAACGCCAAUAACCCAUGCCCGCUCAAAAUCCCUGCGGAGCACCCGAGUGGGCAACUCACGUUGGGCGCGCACGUGUCGCAACAGUUAAUGCUACAGCCGCUCGUCACCAUGCACUACACGGAGCAAGAUGUGCCGCUGUCCAGUGGGUACUCGCGCAUCACACUCAAUGCCGCAGAUCUUGUGCUAGCUGCUUACCGGACUGAUGUAAUUACCAAGAGCAAAGACGGUGCUAGAAUUCACGGCAUGGGGAUGACAUUCCAACGAGUGUACCUGGAACCGUGUUACGGCAAUAAAGAUAUCAGCAAGUGGUAUCCACUCUCCGAUGGCCAGUUUCAAAUAAGGCAACUGGUCGACGUGCCCAGCUAUAGUGUACAUGAAAGCACUCUUACAUUCGUCAGUCUCAAGAACCAGCUGCCUAAUGGUGUGAUUACUCUGUGCCCUCAGGAAGUAAGAUCGGUGUUCAUCAAUGACACUUUCAACUCCUGCUAG